UUCUUAGGACAGAAAGGGCUGGCAUUCGUAUCCCUCCCUCCUUUUUAUGCAGGGGACGACACAGCCUAGAGGAGGUGGGUGGUUUGUAGGAAUUACAUAACACACCAGAAGGCCCAGCUCUGUGCACUGCCCUGGGGACAAGGGCCCUCGGCAUUAUGGGAGCCCACGUAGAAAGAACCAUGUGCUUUGUGUGGAUGGAGAUGAGAUGAUGUUGGAAGGCAGGUGAGGUGCCCUCUUAGACUUUCAGCAUUCCCACUUCCCCACAAUUAGAAAAUAAUAAGCCCUACCCUCAAGAAGUUUCCAGCAUGUCUAGGAAGUGCACGAAGACUUAGACUUCUGUGAUUCUCUGAGUCUAUGAGUGUGGGAAGAAGCGAAUCUAGAAAUGAAGAGGUGGAGUUUCUUUAGAAGCAGAUAAGAUAGGUCACAAGAAAAACAGGUAGUGCUCAGGAAUUGUGAGGAGGUGUGGGGCAGUCACUACCAGUGUCUUGUACCUAUGUAUUCCUUGAUACCACAAAUGAGGAGGGUGAGCAGGCUGAAGAAGCAGACUGGGAGAUAGCCAGCUGCCUCCAGGGGAGUUUCCGGGAGGAGAGGUGAUUUACAUGCUGUUCACGGCUGAUGUUUGGUACAACUGACACAAACAGGGAGCUCCAGUCUCUGGGAGAGCAGGAAAAGCAGUAUGGUCUUCACUGUGGUCAGGAGCACAUGAGAAUCCAGAGAGUGGGAAAGGAAGCUGCUGAAGGCCAAAUACCGAAGCCAAGACUGAGGGGUUUUGGAGGCUGAGAUGAAACUGAAAGCAGGACAGUUUCCCAAGUUAGAAAAAUUAACCCAUUCUAACUUCUCGCCAAAGGAGAGACCCAUCACCUCCAUCCUGGACACAGGAACCAGCUAGAACAGCUACUUUGUGAAUCAGCCUCAGCUCAGAUCCAUUUGUAAGUGGUGAUCAGAGAAAUAACGGGAUAAACGUGUUUGGGGAGCCCGCUCUGCUUGGUGGAGUACUAGAUGCUUUGCAUUCAUCAAGUCACUUACCGUCCACAAGCGCUCUUGAUAACAAAUAGUUGCCUCCUGUUACGGAUGAUGAGGUUUAGGUUGAGACACUUGACCAAGGCACACAGUGAAGUGUUAAGAGCUGGAUUAAAACAUUUCAACCCAGGAGCUGCCUCUGCAGCACCCCACCCACCUCAUACCCUGCUCCUCUGAACUUUGUCAGAUAAGAACGGACAAGGACCUCAAUACGGUGCACAAUCCAUUUCCCAUGGAAAACCAUCUACCCAUGGACUUGAUAGUUCCUUCUAAGAAGUGGUGAAACUAUAAGAUACAAUGAUGAUGAAUGUCAGGUUCUGUGCUUGGGACUAUCCAGGAGACAAACCUUACAGAAAGGUGCACCCUAACUUAGGUUGCAUGGAUAGAAAUGAGUAUCUAGGCCAUCCAGAUCAAAACCUGCUCUCAUCUACCUUUCCAAAGUGUGAGUUGGUUUCUAGAUGCCUCAGUUUAAAGAAAGUGAAUGCUUCCCAACUCUACAGAGUGGAAGAAUCGCAAUCUGUCUUCGAACAUGGGAAAGGUUUGUAAUGUGAGAGAUGAGAGGUCCACUCAGAGUGGGGCAAACCCCUGGUGGAGGCCACAAGAUGAAAGCCAACGCCUUGCAAGGAUGAUUCUGUCUGGACUUCUCAGGAGAUGGUAAAUUCUCCAGGACCGACCCAGAUAUGCAAAGACAAUCACAGCUAGUGUUGUAAGGACCCCUGCUCUAUGCCAGGGUUACCAAAAGUGUCUCAAAUAAUGUUCCCCUUUGAAAGUGCUUCUUUUUAAUGCUGCCACGUUUUUUAAGUGAAGAAACUUCACUUACAGAGAGCUAAGCAUCUUGCCCAAGGCUGAUUCAUAGACCCUUUAUGUCAUGACACCUCUCUGGCAUCCACUAAAGAACCACACUGGUGGGGGUACUGAGGAAGGACUCUAAGAUCAGAAGGGUGACUUGGAAGGGAAUACUUCCUAAGAGGCAGUGACUGAUGUUUCCUAAGGAGGAUUCUGCCCCAAUCGGUCAGAGGCAGAGCCAGGCAGAGGAUGGGCUGACUAGAGGGAGGUGGACAAAAACAACAAUCCAACCCCAGUAUCCUGCCCCUGCCUUCCUGGGACUCUGAAAUCAGGGCCAUUGAACUCUUCUCCAGAGAAAGGAAAUGGCCAGGCCGACCAUGCACAGCGGCGACCACAGGGUGGCAGCAGUGCUUCAGCUGCAGAGCGCGGCUCCGGAGUCCGAAGUGGGGCUGGUCCAGGGCAGCGCUGGUGAAGACGGGUCUGCUACAAACAUCUGAUGCAAUCUCCACUCUCUGGAGGCUCUGAAACCUCUUUGUCUGCUGUACCUCACUUUUCUCUCCACAGGCAAAUCUCAGAGUACUGACUCCAUUUUUAACCCUCCAAGAGGCAUGCCUCUUGGGCCAGGAGGGCCAGGAGACCCCGCCUGCAACCUCCCUAGUCCCCAGAUGGGAUCACCCUGGCUCUUUACUCCUUCUUUUCCAGCACAUGAUGCCUAGCCUGACAGGGCUUUCUCUGUGUUUUAUUCUACAAGCUAGCAAAGAGAGGAGGUGAUCCAUUGGAGCGCUCCAACCUGUUGAGGGAUUGGGAGUUCUUGAAGGCCCCCCAGGGCUCUGACAAAGCAUCUGCAAUUAAUGAUGCUUCUUGAGCUCUGGAGACAGGAUUUAUGCAUCUAAUAAAGUCUAUAACUCCAGGCUUAGGGGCUGGGACCGGAGGCUGAGAGCACGAAGUCCCACAGGGGCCGGGGAGGGGGGUCCCAGGCGGCUCUUAAUGGAGCUGUGCAUUUCCAUUGCCUUCUCUAGAUUCCCCCUCAGGCGGCUGUGGGAGGUGAGGAACAGGGGGACAGCAGGUAUAAGAGGCGGGUGUGGCCACAGCAAGGCAGAUGGCAGCAUGGAUGCCAGGCAGGCAGCAGCGCUGCUGCUGGUGUUGCUGUUAGUGACAGAGUGGAGCCACGCUGAAGGACCAGGGGGCCGGGAUGGAGGAGACCAGAUCUUCAUGGAGGAAGACAGUGGUGCCCACCCACCACAGGAUGCCCAGACCCCCAGGUCGCUCCUGCGCUCCCUGCUCCAGGCCAUGCAGAGACCUGGCCGGAGUCCAGCCUUCCUGUUUCAGCCCCAGAGGUUUGGCAGAAACACCCGGGGCUCCUGGAGCAACAAAAGACUGACUCCUCGAGCUGGAGAAGGGCCGAGUUCCCCCUUUUGGAGCCUGGCUGCCCCUCAGCGCUUUGGGAAGAAGUGACAUGUCAUCCUCUGAGGUGUGCAUGCAAGGCCCACACCCCAAACUGCCAUGUAUCCCCCGCAAAUAAAGCUGUCUGGCUUCUGAA